AUGACCAGAGAGAAAUUCGACCGCAAGAAACGGUGGCAGACUAAUACGCGAAUCAUGCGAGUGGUGGUCGGAAAGGAUGAAGAUAUGCACGGAGUCGAGAAGUGGAGGCUAUUGACACGACUCAUCAACGACAGCUUCACCCGCCAGUGUCACGUCGCGCCGUUCCGCAUGCCUCACGCUCGCAUGGGGAGGGUAAGCGCAGCCGACUGUGGAGGAUGCGCCAACGAGGCCCCUCGUUUUCGCGGCACCGGUUCUCGAGACAUCUUUUCGGCUUCAACCUCGACUUCUACUCGCCUUGUCGCUCUCUACUCCAUCCUCCUCUUCCAAGAAUCCCAAAGCGCACAUAUCAUGGUCUUGCUUGUGGUCGUCCGCCUAGUGGCUCUCAAUCCUCCCGACGCUCGAGGUCUAGCACAACACAUGUGGACGCGGCGCAUGCAAGCGUUCCGCCGCACGCCAAGCACAGCUUCAAAGGCGGGUAUGGGUAUGGCUGCGAUACCUACUGCCGCCCGUACUGACAUGUCGGUGACGACGGCGCGGGGUCGCGCCGCUCGUACAGCGAGCUCGGCGACGCCUCGAGUCAAGGGCAGCGCCCGGGCGUACGCUAGCUACACCUCGCCCCCGCAGCACCAACCCCGGUGGCCGACCCGCGAGCCAUUAUUUGGCGAGGACGAGGACGGUACGACCGCCUCCCCACGCUCGGCCUGUGGACCGGCACUACCAGUACCUCCUGGUCUCGCCGCCCGCCCAUUCCGUGCGUCUGCGCUUCCACUUGGCGCACAUAACACGCGGUUUUCUAUGGAAGGUGUACACGUUUGCGUGGGUGACGGUGCGGGUCAUGUUGAAAUGACCCUCGGGUCACCCUGGUGA